AUAAUCAUUUUGUGUUUUACUAUGUUCAGAUUGAUAGGAAGAAUCUUACUGAUUUAAAGGUCUAUGCCAUUGAUGUUGAUGAGGCUGAUGAGCUUGAUGAUGCUUUGAGUGCAACAAAGUUGCAAGAUGGCCGGAUUAAAGUGUGGAUACAUGUCGCAGACCCAACUAGAUAUGUUCAACCUGGAAGUAUUGUGGACAGGGAGGCUAUGAGAAGAGGAACUUCUGUUUUCUUGCCCACUGCUACGUAUUCUAUGUUUCCAGAAAAUCUUGCCAUGGGGGGCAUGAGUUUGAGACAAGGAGAGCUUUGUAAUGCUGUUACUGUAUCAGUUGUGCUGCAUAAUGAUGGCAGCAUUGCAGAAUAUUCAGUGUUUAACUCAGUGAUUAAACCAACAUACAUGUUGACAUAUGAGAGUGCAUCUGAACUACUCCAUUUGAACCUUCAGGAGGAGGGUGAACUUAGAAUUUUAUCUGAGGCUGCAAACCUUCGAUCAAAUUGGCGCCGUCAGCAGGGUGCAAUUGAGACAGCAACAUUAGAUACCCGCUUUAAAGUGUCCAAUCCAGAGGAUCCAGAGCCAUCGAUAAAGCUUUAUGUGGAAAACCAGGCAGACCCUGCUAUGCGAUUAGUCUCUGAGAUGAUGAUACUAUGUGGUGAAGCUAUUGCCACAUUCGGGUCUCGGAAUGACAUUCCUUUACCAUACAGGGGACAGCCCCAAUCAGAUAUGAAUGUUUCUGAAUUUUCCCAUCUUCCAGAAGGACCCGUUAGGAGCUUUGCACUGGUAAGAAUAAUGCGUGCUGCGGAAAUUGAUUUCAGGAAGCCUGCACGCCAUGGUGUUUUGGGGAUUCCUGGCUACGUUCAGUUUACAUCUCCCAUCCGUAGAUAUUUGGAUCUUCUUGCUCAUUAUCAGGUAAGUUGCUUUCAAUUUUAUAAUUCACUGUAUAAUAGACUGCAGGCCUCGAUGCUUCUUGGUGCUUGCGUUGAAAUUUUUAUUUUUAAAAUCAGCAAGAAUCAGGAAAAUGAAACUAAAUGGAAAUAUAUCAUGAUACAUGUUCCCUUCACCGAGGGACAGGAUGCAGACUGUGCAACACUGUAGCCAUUGGAUUUUCUACCUGUGUUUGGAAGAAUAGAGAUAUUUACACAAGAUUUCACCAAAGUAUAAACUUCUUUUAAGGGACCUAAUAUACUAAUUAGGUAAUGAUUACAUCUAAAGUCCUUUCUGGAUUAAUAAAAAUACUGCAUGUGAAAUCAAGGAAGCUAAUUUUCUUUUUGUCAGUGUGCAAUUUCUCUAAGAGUUAUGGUAUGUAUUUGGUUAGUCAAAUGCCCAUGUCAUAUUUAAGGAUGCCUAUUUACCUGUAGUGUUUUGAGAUGAUUAUGACUUCUUUUGGGUGCAUUUUUUGUUAUCUCUGUUUCUGUUUUUCUUAUAUUUUGCUUCUCUCCUUUUUUGAGGAUUCUUUCCCUUCCCUCUAUUGUACUUCGUUUCUUUUCUUUUGAUCUUUCUACUCCGUAUGAGGGCGCCUCCAUUCCAUAGUCAUAAUCAUAGCUCUU